GUAGUCGUCUUUGGUUCAGGCGGCGCGACAAUCACCAUCGGUGAAGACAAGAAUUGAGAGAAGGAAUCCUUGUUGUGAAGACGCGACCGGACCCCUAUUCGUCGACCUUGCUUACUUUGCGACUUUAACCGCGCAAGGAACGCGACAAGGCGCAUUCGAAAACAUGUCGAAAGCAAAGACUGACAAGGCGACCAAGUCCAUUGCCGAGGAACCUCAUGGUUAUGAAUUUCUAGGACCCCCUGGAGCUUUCAUCAUCUCCUUCGGUCUUCCGGUUUUGGUCUAUGUCUUCACAUUCCUGUGCAAUGACAUCUCUGGAUGCCCAGCCCCUGUUCUACUGCACCCGCACAGCUUCAGCCUUGAACAGCUGAAGAAGGAGGUAGGAUGGCCUGGCUUCGCUGGUCUGAUCAACACGCAAGCUUUUCUUGGUACCUUAGGUUACUACUUCUUGAGUCUGGCUCUUUAUCGAUUCCUUCCAGGCCAGGAAGUCGAGGGAACGGAGCUCAGGAGUGGUGGUAGGCUCAUGUACAGGUUCAAUGCCUGGAACUCUGCUAUCUUCAUCAUGACUCUCCUUGCCGCUGGCACCAUCUCCCACGGUGCGGAGUUCCCCGUCUGGACCUUCAUCACUGACAACUACGUCGGCAUCCUGACAAGCAACAUCCUCAUCUCCUACUUUUUGGCCACUUACUGCUACGUCGCUUCUUUUAGUGUCAAGCAUCCCAAGGAUCCCAACAUGCGCGAACUUGCUGCUGGUGGCCGUACCGGUAACAUGCUCUACGACUGGUUCAUCGGACGUGAGCUGAACCCCCGUAUCAACCUGCCCAUCUUUGGCGAGGUAGACAUCAAGGCUUGGUGCGAGCUUCGACCGGGUAUGCUUGGUUGGAUCAUCCUCGACCUCGCUUUUAUCAUGCAGCAAUACCGCAACUUUGGCCGCGUUACUGACAGCAUUAUCAUUGUCACCGUCGCCCACACUGUUUACACUUUCGAUGCGCUGUACAUGGAACCCGCUAUCCUUACCACCAUCGACCUUAUCGCUGAUGGCUUCGGUAUGAUGCUUUCCUUUGGCGAUCUUGUUUGGGUCCCUUUCACAUACUCUAUUCAGACUCGCUACCUAUCCAUCUACCCAGUUGAUCUUGGCCCCAUGGGAGUUGUUGGCGUGCUGGCCGUCCAGGGUAUUGGCUACUACAUUUUCCGCUCAGUCAACAACGAGAAGAACCGUUUCAGGACCAACCCCGAGGAUUCGCGCGUCAAGCACCUCAAGUACAUCGAGACUGCUGCUGGUUCGAGACUUCUUGUCAGUGGCUGGUGGGGUAUGGCGCGUCACAUCAACUACCUCGGUGAUUGGUUCAUGAGCUGGAGUUACGUCCUUCCUACCGCGAUGUCUGGUUACCUCAUCAAGAACGCUGCACAGUCUCCCAUCACUGCCACUCAAACCGAUGCGUACUUUUUCAAAGACAGCUACGGCAAGUACGCGGUGCCCGGCGAGGCUAAGGGCUGGGGUAUGAUCUUCACCUAUUUCUUCAUGGUGUACUUUGCCAUCCUGCUCAUUCACCGCGAGCGUCGCGACGAGGAGAAGUGCCGCAGAAAGUACGGCAAAGACUGGGACCGCUAUGUCGAGCUUGUUCCGUGGAGGAUUGUUCCCGGUAUCUACUAGAAGGUCCUUGUUCGGACUUUCAAGGGGAUGGAAAGGGUGGGUGUGACGCUACCGUACGCUGCGGUUGAAGACGUGCAU